UUUGAGAGAAUCAGUGGUGUCGCCUUUCCGUAAAACCAGAUAAACGAGGCGUUUUUUUUCUUUUUAUAUUCGAGUCAGAAGUUUUGACAGCGUAUUUUAAUCCUACCUUCUUGUUUAGUUUCGUUUUUGGCGGAAAACGAAAGGGAAAGUGGUGGGAAAGGUCGAAUUAGUUGGAGACUAUGAUAUUUCUCGUGAGAAUGCACCGUUCCCUCGUUUUUUUUUUCUCUAUUUAUAGCUCUGUCGCCCUCUCCCUCUCUGUUUCUUGUUUCUCUCUCGACGCUACAUGAUCUACAGAAAGGAUGAAAUUCUGCAAGAAGUACCAAGAAUACAUGCAAAAGCGGGGAAUCCAACACCUUCCGGGAGUUGGAUUCAAGAGAUUCAAAAAGAUCCUGAAGAGGUGCAGGGAAGAGCACCAGAUUGAGAGAGAUGGUGUCCACGUUUCAUCGUCUUCUUCCUCCAGUUGUCCUGUUUGUGAUGGCACUUUCUUCCCAACGCUUCUCAAGGAAAUGUCUGCAAUUGCGUUCUGUUUUAAUAGCCGAGCUCAAAAGUUGCUUCAACUGCACUUGGCCACUGGAUUUGAAAAGUAUUUGAUAUUGAUGAAAAAUAGGUUCCAAGGGAAGCAUGUACAGUUGAUUGAAGAAGGAGAAGACUUGGUAACCUAUGCUACAGUUAAUGCUAUUGCCAUAAGAAAGAUUCUUAAGAAAUAUGACAAGAUUCACCAUUCUAAGCAAGGGCAAGCUUUCAGGUUGCAAGCUAGGAGUAUGUCAAUUGAAAUUCUUCACUCGCCGUGGCUUAAUGAGCUUAUUGCUUUUUAUAUUAACUUGAAGGAGACCAAGUCUACUGUAAGAACCAUUCCUGGGUUAUUAGACGAGUGCUCAGUCAAGUUUGAUCAAGGAAAACCAUCUCUUUCGUGCAUACUAUUUGACUCUGUGCACCUUGAGAUUGAUCUUACUUGUUCGAUAUGUUUGGAUACAGUAUUUGAUCCAGUCUCUCUCACAUGUGGGCAUAUCCUAUGUUACAUGUGUGCUUGUUCAGCUGCAUCUGUGUCGACAGUUGAUGGCAUAAAGGCAGCUCAUCCAAGAGCAAAGUGUCCUCUAUGCCGAAAGGAAGGAGUCUACAGAGGUGUUGUGCACUUGGAUGAGUUGAACAUUUUACUUAGUCGAAGUUGUCCGGAGUAUUGGAUGGAGCGCCUUAAGAGCGAGCGAAUUGAACGAAUUCAACAAGCAAAGAAGCAUUGGGAAACUCAGUGCCGCACAUUUGUGGGUGUCUAGGUGCUUCAUGAAACAUUUUUUUGUAUUGUUGUCUCACGGAAGGAUUUGGUUGCAAUCUUGCUACUUGGAGUGUGGGGUCAUCUAAACAAAAUUAAACAAAAGAGAAUAGUUCAAUUUUUCUUGGACAUGUGCACCUUGAUAAAAUAUUCAUUUAUUGUUUAUUGUACAUAACAAAUUACUGAUCCUUUUUCUUGAGUGCUUUUAUAUAAUGAAGUCAGAUGUGUGUUUCUGCCU